ACCGUGACCGGUAAAGACUCCCUUCCUAUCGAACCGGGCGACACAGUCUGGUCCAAGUCCCGAGGGGGCAAACACGAAGGUGUAGUCGAGCAUGUCCUGGAAACACCAGAGGACGUGGAAAGAGCGGCAGACGCUGGAAAAUUACAGGGAGUCAGUGUGAAACAUCCGCCUAAGGUUGUGUUCACGGACCAGCACGGACACAGGGUGUCACAUAACCCAGAGGCCUUGCAACAGUCCGAUGGAGCUGAUUGA